AUGGCUUCGCUUCCUUCCUACCAGGAAGCCGUCUCCGUUGACUGGCUCCGCCUUGUGGCGCCGUACAUCUCGCCUCGUGACUAUGCCGCCCUGUGCCGCGUCAACCGUCGCUUCUGGGACAUGUUUGCCCCACGUCUAUGGAGGGAUGUUGCGCAGUCGGGGAGAGAUGAAGCCGACCUGUUGCUGACGGUUCUAGGCCUUGGAUGGCUGCUCAACUCUGUCUUUGGCCAACUCGGCCGCAUGAGGCCUGAGACUAAGAGCCUUGUGAGCGUCUUUGAUGUGCGGAUGGCUGGGGGUCUCUAUUCAUUCAACAUGGGUAGGAACCCCAACAAUAGCCUUAGGGAAGCCGUCAAGACCUUGCCAAAUCUGUCCUGCUUUCUGAUUGAUGGACGCCAAGAUUUGAACCCGGCUGAGUUUAUGCACACUGAGCGGCAUGUCCUGCUGUUGAGCAUGGCAGACUGUCCGAUCCCGCUUCCCACCAAGUUUGUGUCAUACGAAUGCCUUCGCGGGCUGGCGUACCUUGACAUCUCUGGCACCCCAGGCUCCGUCCGGCCGUUCUUACAGCGGGACCUGUUGCCGGAGCUGCGAGUGCUGAAAGUACGGCACAAGGAGGUUGAUGAUGCCGCGCUCGAGGCCCUGACCACUCAGUUUGAGACGCGCCUGUGGAGCCUUGAUCUCGGCAACAACAAACUGACGGAUCAUGCACUCGAGUUUCUCGGCUCCCGGUGCCUGUACCCGACAGAUCUGCGCUCCGACGCGCACUUUGACGUUGAGGGCAAGCUGGAAUUCGGGAGGGUCACGCCAGACUACGGAAGUUGGAUCCGUGUGGUGGAGUCACCUUGGAGUGGUUCUUUUGAUCAUCCCGAGCGACAUCUUGUUGAUGCACCAUCAUAUGAUCCCCAUGAUGCCCUGCCGCAGGAAGACCAGCUCAAGAGGUUGGACGGGAGAGGCCCCGUCCAACCCGACUCGGCAGAUGGUGUGUGUAGGGGCCUCCUAGGCGAGGAUCCCUAUUCCGCCUCGGUCAGUUUCCAGUCCUCUCGAGGCCUGACACAUCUGAACCUAACCGACAACCAAAUCUCGUCGCUCGGGAUUCGGAAGUUGCUCACACUCGGCCGUGGACACUUGCAGCAAUUCAGCUGUGAUUCAAUGCCCCUGGUCCCGCCUUCAAAGGCCAGUGCACGAGCCUGGUCGAGGACAGCAAAGUUGUAUGGAUACUUGUACGUGCACACGCUACGGCCCGUGUUAUCGUCGAACUUGCGGGCUGUAAGGCUGCAUCACUCGGUCGUCACGCAGAUCCCGACGCUGGAGAUUGAUGGUCUCUCUACCAUGGCUCGCCUAUAUACCGCCGAGACCUCUAUACUACCACGGUCCGAGAAGGCCUUUCCUCAGGCCCUAGUUCCAGACACAAACCCACGCUUGACGUCCUUGACUCUGACGAGAAUCCCGCGGAGGUCUUGCGGCCCAUUGAUCAGUAAACUCGUCAACUUUUUGAAGUUGUUGUCGAUCCAGGAGCGAAUCAUCUCGGAUACUCAAUCACGCCGAGGACCUUGCACGCUGGUUGGUCUGAGACAUUUGCGGCUCGAGUUUGAGCCUGAUCCAUUCGAGGAGGGUUUCUCCAUGGCCGAGGACUUGGAUGCUGAGGAAUUGUUGAACUCGGGGGAUAAAGGCUUCAGUUUCUUUGACGAUGAUGUUCAACCGCAGCUUCCGAGACCAUCCUCCAUGAUCAGCCAGACCCUGAAUUCCAGUCUGCCCAGUCAACCUAGUCAACCUGAGGACGAGUCGGUCCGACACGAACCCGAAUACCUGAGUGCAGACGUCUCGUUGGAUGAGCAGCUUACCAAGGUACAGGUAUGGAUUGGCCCCAAGCUGAAACGGUUCCGACUGGCUGGGAGGGCUAAAUAUCGGGAGCUGCAGAGGGAGUUUGGCAGCCGGAGAGUACCCCCAGGGUCGCCUCAUGGAUUCUGGCUGGGGCGUCUGGAAGUGUCAACUUUUGAGUCGAUGCCCCAGAGUAGACCCUCACAAUACUGGCGGUAG